AUGCAUGCACAACCACUGAAGUACCACCCGCUGGAAACCGCGCGCUCCACGCUUGCCAAGGCUCUUCCCCGGACAACAAACGCCCCGUGUUCCUCUUUUGCGCCCACAGACACAUCUCCUGACCACCGCGCCACCUCUGAUGCCCGUGUCGCCACGCGGAAGAUCGCGUUGGUGGUUCGCGAGCUUCUGCAAACAGAAAUCGCCUACCUAAACAGUCUAAACGAGAUUAAGGAAGGCUAUUACCUCCCAUUGAUCGCGGAAGGCGAAUUUGACGCGGGGACGAUAGACGCCAUCUUCACCAACAUCCUCCAACUUCAUGCAUUCCACCAAUCCUUCUCGGGUGAACUAUCACGAAACAGCGAAAAUCUCGUCGGCCUUGCAAAUGCAUUCCUCCAUCACGCAGUAGACUUUGAAGAACUCUACGUUGAGUUUUGUACAGAACAUUCCCUGUCAAUUCAGACCCUGGAGCAAGAAUAUCAAAUGCAGACAGCCCUGUGGACGAGGAUUCUAGCCUGUCAGGCGAAACUUCGGCACGUGCUGCCGUUCUCGUCGUAUCUUCUGAAACCGGUGCAGCGGAUCCUCAAGUACCAGCUCUUGCUGCAGGAACUAGUGAAAGGGUGCACAAUGGCUGCACUCAGUGAGCAACAAAGUAUUUUUGGUACCGACGUGGAAACGGCCAUCGAACAACUUCAGAGUGCCCUUGAGAGGAUGAUUCAAGUGGCCACUCACAUCAACGAGGCAAAGCGCCGUCACGAGUUGAUUGGUCAGUUGCGUGCCAGUGGCCUUAACGUUGACCAAUGGGGAAAUUUGCUUCUAAAAGAUGUCUUCCGUCUGCCUGCAAAGAAACACGCAUGUCGCCUUGCACUCCUGUUCGAACGAGCUAUUCUUUUGGCAAAAAAAUUCACCUGCCGAAGCAACUCCGGCAACAAUUCUGCGCCAAAUCUGACGGACUUAGAAACGCCUUCCGGCCGGUCACUUGGGUCUGUCCUCGAGAUAUGCGAUAUCAUUAGUUGUGAUAACCUGAUGCUGAUUGAGUGUAUCGACAAGAAUCCUCUCGCCUUCCACAUAUUGCCCUUCAACAACCCGAAUGCUCAAAAGACGCUGCAAGCCGCAAGCAUUGAAGUUAAGCAGUUGUGGUGUCUUGAAAUAAAAAAAGUAAUCUUGGAGAACUUCGACGCAGCGAUACCAGAAACAGCGAAGCGCCUAAUGCUUAACAUAGCAGGAAUAUGUCCGAAACCGCAGACUUCAACUGACACCUUUCCACAGCCGUGCGCUGCCGAGGACUCUGAAGAGCCAAUACCUCGACGAAAGGGCUCCAGCGUACUGACAGCCAUUUUCAAGCGUCGGAACUGGAGUUCAAGACCCGCGCUGAGGUCCGAUUUGCCGGACGACCCACCUCACAGCGCCUCGGCAGUCGACGAAGUGGCAGGAAGCAGCGACAACCAGGUGAGUCCGGGCGACGCCGAUCACGUGGCGCUUGUGCAGGACGCGUGGAAUCGCCUCAUGGCCAAGCACUCCACUGCCUCGCUCGACGACGUCAAGAGCGACGUGGACUCGACAACUUCGUCGUCCGCCUUCGGGCCUGCGACACCUGCCUUCGGGGAUAUCACGGAAGUGGGGGAAGAAGAGGACGACUUCCGGUGCAUUGCAGUGGAGAUCAACGAGGAGAGGUUCGCGGUCGACUUUCCAUCGCCCCAGCGCCAGCGCGAUCCCACGCCGAAAUCCCCUUCCCGAGCCCGGCAGAACGGGGCAUUGCGGCGUCCUCUUGGAAAUUCAAUCUACAUCGACUGUCAGGAGGUCUCGCAGUACGACACGGUGACGUUCGGACGCGCCUACGAGCAGUACAUCGAGAAGACGCGAUCAAUGGCGACCCUAUCGCCGAGUGAUCUGGAUGAGAUACUGCGGCCAUUGGUUACUUUAAGUGAGGAGCGCGUUGUCUCGUCCAAUGGGAACGCCGGCUCGACAAGAUCAGCCAAUGGCAAUGGUGUUGCUGCCGAGGCAUCUGCGUCGGUUGGGAGUGGCGAUGAGUCGUCUGAUUCAAUGUCGGUAUGCAACUUGGUCAGUCGAAUUGCCAUCGACACCAGCCGUCUUACACCGGCACCCUCAGGGAGUGCGCUUAAGCAGCCUCCAGCGCAAACGCGGCAUCGAGAGCCACCUACUCGCUCAAAAGUGGACACAAAACAGCCCGUGACCUCGCCCAGACCUCGGCGGUACGACCACAAUCGAACGCCAAGCGCCCGCAAGACCAGUGCGCCGUCGCCGUCCGCGAAAGCACAACGACCCAGCCUCACCAAACCACCUCGAACUGUCGCCUCUGCUAAGACCUCUCUGACGGACUCCACGUUGUAUUCGAGAUCGAAUCAACUUGCUAACGGUGGUUCCAGAAAACAACCAUCAAGAUUAGACACGUCCCUUCCACCGAGCCUCAACGAGGCAGCCACCGUGUGCCACGGACGCUUUCGAGCUGCCGUGGCGAAUCUGCGGCCUGUUAAUGAUGUCGACCUCAGCCGGAAUCCCCCGAAGCCUUCCAAACCGCCACGGACGAGUUCCACGGGCCCCCGACGGUCAGCGGCCCAUCUCGGUGGCAGUACUCAUGGAACGAGUUGUGCUGCUUCCAGUUCUAAGCCCCCAGAAACCACCCUGGGACACGUAAAGGACCUGAUCAGUCAAUUUCAAAACGGUUGA